AUGGCGCGCCACCCGGCGGAUGUGACUCGCUUGCCAGGGCUGCCUGACACAGAUGAUGAUGACCUCACGGCGGUCGAGCCCCGUAAAGCAGCCAGGGUGACGGGGGCAGAUGAUGCCAGCUCUCCGCGGAAAGGGGGCAGUCAGGCUGUCACCUUGGCAGACCUCCAGCGACUCCUGGAGGCGCAGAGUGCUCAACUCCAGCAGCACCAGACACAGCAGAUCAGGGAUGCGGUCGGGGAGCUAAAGAUGGCCACGGCUUCGGAGCUCAAGACCCUCAAGAAGGAAAUCAAUCGCCAGGGGGACUACAUCGAACAAUUGCGCGACCAAGGAGACCGGUUCGAAGAACGACUUGCGGCCCUGGAGAGCAAGGCGCUAGCCCAAGGGGAACCACAAGGGGGAGAGGACAAGAAGAAGAACGUGGUUGUCUUUGGAGGUUGGGGAUCGGACACGCAUCGCGACCAGUUGCUCCCAGAGUUGCGUGAGAUGCUUCAAAAAAUCAAUGUCCUCAAGUCGUUCGCGGACAUCUUUACAACGGGGCCGAGGCGAGGGAACGCGCUCGGACUCGUGCACCUUGUGGAUGGCGAGUCUGACCAGGACUUGAAGCGACGGGUGGUUGAGAUUGUCCAGGCUGUCCGGAGCGCCCAGAUGGCUGGGGCCAGCAUGGAACAUGGAAAGGUGCUCUGGGCGGCGCCCAGCAAGUCGAAGUUGGAAAGGGUGCGAUCGGCCCACGCCGGGAAGCUGAAGCGGAUGAUCUUGGAAGUUGCGGAGCAGGAGCGGACCCACCUCGAUGUGGAGUGGGCGGCAGGAUCGGUGUGGUUGAGAGCCAGGCUGGUAGGGAGUGCAGUCAGAUCGAAGCCGGCCGACGUCCAGGUGCUCCCAGGAAAGGCGCCGCAGACAUGGGUGGACAUCGCCACGGUGGCGAGGCUCCUUGGCUGUGGUGAACAAGGGCUGCGGGACCGGUGGGAGGCGCUGAUGCAGGAGCGUGGUGACGCUGAGGCGGAAAGCCAGGGGCCACUGUGCAGCGACCCCGAACAACCUGUUGAAGUGAGCACUGAGGGUAGCACCAGAAACGUUGGAGUUGACCCUACUUCCUUUUUUCAUUUGCAAUCAUGGAACAUCGGUGGCAAGCCCAUAGACGAUGCAUUGCAUGCUGUUGACUCUGGUUCUGACGGAGACCAACUACCAGUGGUGGUGGCACUACAGGAACUGCCCAGACGAAGGGCGGGGUGGCACACAUCGGUGCAUGGGCACCGCACACUGGUGCAGUAUCGAGAUGAUCUCCUGCAGUGGAGGGGGAAUGGGGUGGCCUUUGACACCAGGCACUUUGUAUGCACGAGAAGGAAGGCUGACCAACUCGGAGUGUGGGUCAGGCUAAAGCAGACUGGUACGGGUAGAGAAUACUGGAUCGGCUCUGCCCGGUUCAGCACGGGCAUCACAGAUGACCGGGCCGCGGAGGAAGCGCAGCAGCUGCUCCAGCUGAAGCCGACAUCGCCCCACCCCGUGAUCCUCCUGGCGGACUUCAACAUGAAGCUGAGAUGGACUGGCGAGGCCAAUGACAGAGGCCAGGUCAUGCCCACGACCGGGCGAGCGGAUCUGGUGGUGGCGGAGUUGGAGAGACAAGGGCUCACACUCAGGGCCCCGGGGCCAGACCAAUGGCUCACACCCACGAGCAGACCGAGGAGAAGUGGAGCACGUGGCCACCAAAUUGAUGGUGUUGCGACGGCGGGCACCCAGCACCCGGCAGUGCGGAUCAUCGAGAAGUCGUACAGGCAGAUCGGUGGUGACCACGAUCGAAUUGCGGUCCGAUUGUCGGUGCCUCAGUCACAUCAGGAUGACCGUCCUAAGGUGUACACACGGCCCAGGUGCGUGGUCAGCCGGCCGGAGCAGGUCCUGUCGAUCAACCAAUCGACGAUCCAUAGCAUAGCCCUCCGACACACGGCACCCAGGCCAGGACAGAGGUACCAUGACCCACCCGAGGUCAAGCGGUUGUACAGGGUGGCCAAGAGGGAAGGAAGUGAACAAACAUGGAAGACAGCGCACAGAGCCAGGCGCAGUGCAAGAGAUCAGUGGUGGACGAACAAGGUGUAUGCGGCCUCUCAGAAGGGUUGGAAGGAUUUCCGUGAACUCAGGUCGCUUAGUGAUGACAGAGUGGGCUGGGAAGUGCACCUCUCCGAGGAGGCCCACCAGGCCGGAAAGGAACCCCUGAAAUGGACGAUUGACCACUUCCAGCAGAUCUUCAAGGAAACGAUGCCUGAAACCGAGGCGGAGUGGAGGAAGGAGCUGAGUCAGGAUCCAGUGUCUGAGCAGUCCCUCCUCUUCUGGAUGGAGAGCAUUCGGAUGGGGUGUGACAUACCAGAGGAGUGGCUGCACACCAUUGUCACGCUCCUGCCGAAGAAGACUCAACCAGCGACACCGGCAGAUCUGCGGCCCAUUAGUUUAGGGUCAGUUGUGGGCAAGAUUUUUGGCAGCAUGCUAUUGGGCAGAACUCGAGCGUGGCUGCGACCGACAGGGCCGGAACAGUGUGCACACUGUGGGCGUCAAACGGCUGACUAUGUGUUUACCGCUGUCAGGCUUUUUCAGCUGGAGACCGAGUGGAAAUCGGGGUUGCAUUUCCUAAAGCUGGAUAACGCCAAGGCGUAUCAUACACUCAACCGGUCCAAGGUGUUGCAAUUCCUUGCCGACAAGCUGCCCCCCGUCAUGCAUCGGGAGUUCCAGUGUUGGAAAAAGCUCUUGGCCCCAGGUGUUGCCCACAUCCGGACCCCGUGGGGACUAGGCCGUGUCGACCAGACGAGAGGUAUUCGGCAGGGGGCCGUGGAAUCGCCCUUCAUAUUUGCCAUAGUAAUGGAGGAAGCGCUCCACCGGGCGCAACAACAUCAGCACUGGCCGCGAGCGGUACCACCUCUCCCCGAUUUGCGCUUGGGGGAAAUCCUCUUCAUGGAUGACAGCCUCCUAUGGAGCGCGAGCAGGCGCGACAUCUCCCUCAAGUAUGAGCUGCUCAAGACAGCCUUGGCGGAAUGGGGGCUCAGAGUGAACCCCGGCAAGACAGCGUAUUAUGCUAGCCCCUAUGUCUGCGACAAGGGCCCACUGGUGCUCGAGGGCCAAGAAAUCCCGCCUCGUGCGGCGCUUCACGUCAUGGGCAUCCAACUGCAGGUGCCGUUGAAGCCUGCAGGACUCAUGGACGCCGGCCUUGCCAAGGCCAGAAAGAAGUAUUUCGCCAGCAGGUAUGUUUUCGAGAGCCGGUCCCCCAUCAAGAAGCGCCUCCAGACCCUCGAUAUGGCAGUGGGAGGGGCGGCAUUGUGGUACUCUGCAGCGGUCCCACCGACGCCGCAGGGGCUUGGAGCUGUCAACUCCUUCCAGUUGGACCUGGUGGUCAGAAUGGCGGGGUUUAAGAGGAGAACGCACGAAACAUGGCUUGAGUUCAAAACGCGCUCCGUCCGCGGAGCCAGGCAGCUCCUGGUCAACAGUGGAGUCGAGCGAUGGGGGACCAAAGCUCUGAAACGCUACUGGGGCUACAUGGGGCAUGCGGCCAGGGCGGCGAGCAGGGACGAACCACCCCCGAGUGCCGUGAUGUGCUACUACAGACCGCUAAGGUGGUGGAGAGAACAACAGAGGGAGAGAGAUGGCGUGCGCCACCCGGCGCAAUUCUUCCCUUACCUGAUGAACGCGGAGACCAAGCUCAACCGAGCGGCGGGAAGACCGGACUGGCGCGACCUCGCCCAGGAUCCGGUGGAGUGGAAGCAGCGAGAGACUGAGUGGCUGAGGAGAGAAGAUGUGGCAUGGUGCAGUGGAAGGCCCACCCACCCCGGCCCAGACCCCUACCGGAGCAAUCCCUCCGUGACGCUUGACUAUUCCGUGUCUUUUCCGCAGCUUUGUGCCGGCUUUGCUUGCAUUACCAACUUGCUGAGCCAGGACAGGGAAGACCUGAUGGCUUGUGUCUUGCUACUGCUGAGUGCGGGACUGCUGACCCGAGAUGGCUUGGCGGCCCCGGAAGGACAUCGGACCCCGCGAGGAUCCCAGCCCCAGCAUCAGCCGGCUCAUGCUGAUGAAAGCUCGGAAGAAGAUGCAGAUGACAGGGCCUGGAGUGAGGGCAUUUUGUGCCUGGAGGAGCUUGCUGAGGUCCUGACCAGCGCCUGGGAGGCGGACUACGAGGUGGUCGGCAUGAUGGCGGAGUUCCACCUCAACUGCACUAGGCGGACAGUUGACGUGGAUCUGCAGCUGGGUGGUGUCUUAUCCCAUAUUUCCUUAACCGUCUCAGCCCUCGGCUUGCCCUUCUUCUUGAUCAGCCACUUCUUAGCAUCGAGCCUGGCCGGCCUGAGGGCCGCGCACAGCCUGCCGCCGGAUAUCCCGUCUGACGUCGAGGAGUGCAGCCCGGCGGCUGCUUCGCGAGAGGAGGCAGCUGAACUUUCACCCUACCAGGUAUGGCAGCUGCUACUCGGGUUCACUGAGGAAUCUACACUUACUGUCACCUCAAUCUCGCAGGAAGGCAUCCUCCCCAGCUAUGUCUACAAUAACAUCAUCGAGACCCUGAUGGACCAGGAUGAUGAGGACUUCGAGGCCUUUGAAAAUGACCUGGGCCAGAUUCUGGGCGACCUCACGGUGACGCUUCGGGACAUUGUCGAGACCGUGCGAGAAAAUCGCCGGCGCAAACAGCAACCUGACCCGCCGGCAGCGGACGCUCCAGGACGAGAAGGAGGAGGCCCUGGCAGGGACGGAGAUGAUCAGGGAGGAGAAGGUGAUGGAGCCACAGAGGUCACGGCCUUUAUGCAACGCACGGUGACCGGGGUGCUGAAGGGACACCGACCUGGGGAAACUAGGCAACAGACACUUCAUGCUGACCUCCAGCAGUACGAGGACUUCAAGGCAGCCCGGCUGUCGCAGGCCCUGCUGAAACGGCUCCAGGGCCAGGAGCACAACGUGGAGGAGUGCGACUCUGUAUGUGCGGUCCUCCUGGCACAUGCGGACCCGGAAGCUGAGGGUCUCUGCCGCGAGGAGGAACAGGAGUGGGUCGCCAAGUGGGAACGUUUACUGGCAGGUGGCUCCAGAAGGGGAGAGGCCAGUUCCUCCACAGACCCGGCUCAUGUAACUGCUGCUCUGCCCCAGAUGAUUGAGGUGGAGGAGGAGACCCAACCGAACCAAAACGACCAGGAUGUCGCUCUCUACGAGUGGCACCUUGCCAAAAAGAGGGAAGAUGAGCAGCGACAGGACCGCAACCAGGUUGCCGCGAUGGCUGGUUGGUCAGUGAAACCGGGACCAAAGAGGAUGCGCUUGGCGGUGGAAGCUGGGUCUCAGACUGAAGGAGGGAAAAGAAUGACACUUGAUGUGGCAGAAGGGGAGGAGAUCCGGUUGACGAUCCGGGCAAUUAUGGAGCAAGGGCCUGACGAGUACCUCUAUGCAGGCCGACCAGUGGAGGCAAAGGAGGCAAUAGAGGCCAUUAGACUUGAAGAGGAGCGGUUGGACCAUUGGCAACCGGGCGAUCCUACGUCUGGAGACCAGGAGCUCAUGUACCAGAGGUGGCUCCAAAGCUUAGAAAAUGACCGAGACAUAGUCCGGGCCUUUGGCUUCUCGGUCCUCCUGCAGUACCGCAACCGCGCCUGGGAGGAAGAACAGAGGUGGAGGAGAGAGGCCAAUCAGGCCAGAGAGCGUCGCCACAAAGAGUGGAAGCGCAGGGCUACGGAAGCUCGCUGUGAAGCAGCGCUACAAGGGGAUGAUGACCCGAGUGCAGCCAGGCGCAGCGACGCCGAGCCCGAACCGGAUGAACCUGCUCACCAAGGCGAUCCACACGAAGAUGCAGGAGAUGUACGGGGACUACCUGACCUCCCUGACCGAGCUGUGCAUCAGGACCUACCUGACCUUCCUCACCGAGCUGUACACCAGGACCCGGCCCAACAAGACACCGAGCCAUAUGAGGAUGAGAGAACCUCCCCGGCAGUGCACCGUGGACUUGAACUCCCGCAGACGGCUGUGGACGAUAGCGAAAGUGAGGCACUCUACCGCAUCUCAGAAGAAAUGGAACAACUCCGAGCACUACAGAGAAUGGGUGAUGAUGACUUGUACCGACUAUGGGGCCAAGGGAAGGUGACCAGCCAGCAGUUGGCCGAUGCGGGCGGGCAGCUGCUGGUCAAUCGGCUAGUGCAGCGCAAGCGAAGAGAGCGGAAGGCAGGGACUGCGCAGCACGGGGGCGGGGAAACAGAAGCUUUGGGAAGUGGACAACACUCAGAACACUUGCGCUGGCUUCGAGAGCAGCCCCGACACCAAGUUGACGCAAUGUUCCUGUCUGGAGAUAUCACGGACGCUGAUGUGCUGGAGCUGUGGGGCUCUCGAAUGUUGCGGGAACUUGCCCAGAUGCGCUGGGACCGGCGCAGAGCGGAAGAGGUGACGAGGGCAGAGGACUUGGCGCAAGGCGGUCCCCGGCGUCGGCGUGGUGAUCACUCUGAUAGUGGUGACUGA